UAUAAAUGUGUUAGGAUUUAGAACAGAUUAACACAGAGGCGUAAGUGUCAGUAUUGUCCCAAUCGCCCAAGCGCUGGAUUCUGGUUACAAUGAGAGACCUUCUGAAGUUACUUUAUGUCUUCCCGUCACUAAUAUCAUCAGGCUAUUCCCUUAAGUGCAUGGUUUGCUUUGCCCCCGGUGCCCCAAACUGCACAGGUAACAGCGAGACCUGCCCUGCUGGAACUGUUUGUUCAUCUACGUACACAGUAAAAACUGAAGGUGGGAUCAAGGUAAGUGAGUUUUCUGGCAGGACAUGUAUGCCCCCCGACCAGUGCCAGGAACCGGGAAGCUUUAGCACAAGUAACAGCACCUUCAAGAAGGGGUUCUCCUGCUGCAACACUGACAACUGCACCCCAGCUCCCCUCACAUUGCCUGAUGAUAAUGUUAAUCCAAACGGCCUGACCUGCCCAACCUGCACACUAGAUGGCGCCGGCUUUUGCAACACCGGAGAAACCAUGCAAUGCACUGGCAAUGAAAACAACUGCCUCGUACAGAUCACAAAAAUGUCAGGAGCCGUGUCCAGCAGUGGAGUCCUACGAGGCUGCGCCUCCCCAAGUAUAUGCAGAAUCGGCAGCCAGUCCAUCAGCGCUAACGGCAUAAAUGUUGAUGUGGAAAUUACAUGCACCGGGGGGAGUAAUGGAGUCAACAGUGUGGUUUCCUACCCACUUGCUGCCUUCCUGCUGUUAAAACUUUUUGACUUUUGACGUAAUUAUAGAUGCAAGAAAAUUCACCAAUGAGAAUUCUACUGAGCAAACAUCUCAUUAUAAGCGCAAGAGAA